AUGGAUACAGUUAUCAACAUGGCCGAUGCCGCACACGCCCUGGACCUUGCUAGAAUCCGGUUCCAGCUCAUUAGAAGUCGACUUGAGGACACAAUCACAUUCCAUUUGAUUGAAAGAGUCCAGUUCGCAUUGAAUGGUACGAUUUACGUCCCUGGAGCUGUCGAGCUGCCAGAGGCGAACCUGAGCUUUCUCGACUGGUACUUUCGCGAACAAGAAAAGCUGCAAUCUCUGAUCCGCCGUUUCGAAUCUCCCGACGAAUACCCUUUCUUCCCAGAUGCUCUGCAAAAGCCAAUUCUUAAGCCUCUCAACUACCCCAGGAUCCUACACGAAAACGACGUCAACGUGAACGACAAGAUCAAGCAAUUCUAUACAGAAAAGUUCCUUCCCGCUGUGUGCCCCGACUUCGGCCGCGAGGAGCGGGGCGAGUCUCAGGAAAACUACGGCUCAACUGCGACUUGCGAUAUUGCUUGUCUACAAGCCUUGUCACGACGAAUUCAUUUCGGCAAAUUUGUCGCCGAGUCCAAGUUCCGCUCUGAGCAGGAGAAAUACAUCCGACUUAUUAAGGCAGAGGACCGAGAAGGUAUCGCAGAGUCCAUCACCAAUUCUGCUGUUGAGAAACAGGUUCUCGAGCGACUACGACUCAAGGCUUUGACUUAUGGAAAGGACCCCUCUAUCCCAGACGGAACAGAAGGAGCGGCAAAGAUCGAUGUCGAUGCCGUUGUUUCAAUGUACAAGGACUUUGUUAUCCCGUUGACCAAGGAGGUGGAGGUUGAAUACUUAAUGCAGAGGCUAGAAUCGGACGCCUAA